UAAAAGCAAAUAUAUAAGAAAGAUUAAUCACGAUAUUAUUGAUAAUAGAGGUGGAAUAGCAUUCUCACAUGUCCUUCAAAUUAAUAAUACUUUGACUUCUUUGGACAUUUCAGGAAAUCAUAUUGGCCCCAUAAGGGUAAGAUCAUUGUCAAACGCUUUGAUAACAAACAAUAAUUUAACAGUUCCAUUAUCUACUACUACAUCUGCAAUAUCAACCUCGACAACACCUUUGGCAACAACCUCAGCGACACCUUUGACAACAACUUCAACAACAACUGCGCCAACCUCAGCAACAUCUACAACCUUAGCAACAACUUCUUCAAUAGCAAGUUUGGAAUCAGUAUCAGCAUCAGAAACAUUAAACCCAUUGAUUAAUAUCCUUAAAAAUCACUCAACAUUAACCGCAUUGAAUCUUUCAUCAAAUCAGCCACAUUCUAAAGAUAGAAAUUUAUUAUUAAAUUCACUUAGAGAAAAUGAAUCCCUAGUUUCAUUAUAUCUUAAAGAUACUCAACUUAGCCCUGAGGAUGGAAGAACAUUAGCAAGUGCACUUUACAAUAAUUUUACUUUAACUACUUUAGACAUCUCGCAUAAUAUGAUUGAUUUAGAUGGAGGGAAAGCAGUUCAUGAUAAAAAUAAUACAUUAAAAUUUUUAAAUAUUUCUCGUAAUAAUCUUGGUCUUCAAGGAAAAAAUGAGUUAAAUAAUAUUCGUCGAACAAAAUCGACUUUAACUCUUCGUUUCUAG